AUGUAUCGGGGCUUGGAGCAUAUUUUUGCCACUGCGUUUGUGCCGUUGUUUAACAAAGUGCUGACAGAAGCGGUCCAGCAGCGACGAGAACGAUUUGACUACGAUAUUUACGGGUGGUACGAUGAGUGGAAGGGCGAGCGAGAGUAUGACAAGGAGGACGACGAUGAUUACCACCAGUGGCUGGUGGACCGGCAGCCCAAGCAGCCAGACACCCCUGCAGAGUUCUCACCCCCACCGCCCCCGUCCCCCGGGCACGUGGUGGAUUUGAAAGGGCGGCGACUGCAGGUGGUGGUGAAGGUGGCGAGCAUUCGCCUCACCCCUGAGAGCCCGAGAUACCCCGGAGGCUCGUGGCAUGUGGAGGGGAUGAGGAACGAACACAUUGUGGCCACGGGCAUAUAUUACUUUGACUCUGAUAACAUCACUGAGUCCCGGCUUCAAUUCAGGAUUACAGUUGCCGAACCAGACUAUGAGCAGAACGACAACAAGGGCGUGGCUCGAAUCUACGGCCUGGUGGACGACGGACCUCUCACCCAACCUCUAGGCUCGGUCCGGACCGACAUCCCGAACCUCUGCCUUGCAUUCCCGAACCACUUCCACCACCGGGUCGCGCCGUUUGAGCUACAGGACAAAACCCGCGCCGGCCACCGGAAGAUUCUUGUCUUUUUCCUGGUGGAUCCACGGGUGGCGAUUGUAUCCACUGCGCGCGUGCCACCUCAGCAGCUGAGCUGGCAUAGGAGGGAGUUGGAGAGAAAAGGCCAUCCUUGCUCGGUCCUGCCUGGGUUAGCACUAGAUUUGAUUGCUAAGGGAGUGGGUGGGGAAGAGGGUGGGGGGGACAGUGGGGAGGAGGGUAAGGGAGAAAGUAGUGGUGUGGAGCGAGGUGGGGUGGAGGGUAGGGUUGAUGAGGGAGGAGAUAGAGGAGAGGGGCAGGGUGUGGGGGAAGGGAGCAGGGGUGUAGAUGGAGAGAGCAGGGAUGGCAGGGGUGCAGCAAUGACAAUGGAAGAGGCGAGGAGGUACCGGGAGGCUCUGAUGGAAGAGAGGAAGGCGCUGGUUCAGCUGGCCAAUGAGGAGCUCUUUGAACGGCCCUUCUCGCUCUGUGAGCACUGA